AUGGCAACUCCAGAUGAGACAUCGUCCUUUACAGGGGCAGACACUUCUGAAGAUGAAGUCGUCGAAACCCUUGUCGCUGGUCGACAGAAACGAAGCACAGCCGGCAGGAAUAUGUCGUCCUUGCUCGAUGCAGCUGCCGACGACGAUCUAACGCUUCUGUUUGCCGAAGACGAGAACGAUGACGAGUUCGACGAGGUCGAAGGACCUGAUGGUGAAUUUGAUGAUCUGCGUUUAGACUCUUCUUCAGAAGACGAAGAUGAUCAGGGACCCAAUGCGGCGGAUGACGAUCUGGAAGGGGAGAAGGAGCUGGAAAAACAAGCGAGGGUCGAUCGGAAAAAGCGCAAAGCUCAGGAGUCCUUGAGACUUACGGCUCUACGUAAAAAAGUCAAGAUAGAUUCACCGGCCAUGUCGAGUGUCUCUUCUGCGACCCCACGUCCGAAGAAAAAAUCCGAACGAGUCUCUUGGCUACCGACGCCCGAUGAAGGACCAGUUCGAUCGUCUUCACGUCGCCAAACUAUGAAGAAUAAAGAACUUACACACGCUAGGUUGAAGGAUAGUGAACAAAGACGGAUAAAGCUCAUUGCGAAUAUGGAAAAAGCUGCCGAGAGGAAGCAGAGACUGAAACCCAAAAUCAUGACCCAAGAGGAACGAUUGGCCGAGGCAGCAAAGAUUGAGCGGCUGAACAGUAAAAGCCUUAAUCGGUGGGAGGAGAUGGAGAAACGAAAGGCUGAAGAACGCAAGGCUAAGCUUGAAGCUCUACAAAAUCGUCGUCUGGAGGGACCCGUCAUGUCGUGGUGGAGUGGUAUGGCCAAGUGGGUUAAUGGAAAGUUGGUGCGUGUGGGCAAUGUCGAAGUUCAGUCGAAAGCCGAGGAAAAGGAAAUUGAGCGGAAAAAGAAGUCGAAGGAUGCAGCACCGGACGCAGUCAAGACGGAUUUAGUCCUCGUUCCUACAAGUUUGCCUACGGCUUCGACCGAUGGAGAAGCUACAACUACACAACCAAGUGAUACAAACACACAGGCACAGCAAAGUGAGAAAUUGACAGGCGCUCAAGGAUUUCUUGAUGGUAUUCACCAGUAUGCGUCCGAACCUACAACACCAGCACCAGAGAAAUUGGACCCAGAAAAUGAAGCAGUUCCAGGAUCUACGCCAGCUCUAGAUAAAACGAGUGAGAAGACGCAGUCUAAACCUGAAAAUGACGGAGCAGAGAAUAUCAAAGACGGAGAUGCUGCGAACGUUGAACACGCCGGAGAUGGUAAUGAUGAAGAUACAACUAUCGCAGCGGCAGAUGAACAGCUGAAGACUGCGUUGGAAGCAGAAGGCGUUCAGCCUGAUUCUAAMCCAGCCGAUGGAGCAGAAGGACAGUCGGUACCAGAAGCGUCUGGUGCAGCAGGCUCGACGCAGGCAACAAAGCCAGAGAAACAGGUGGAGAAAAUUGAAGCCUCAGAAACACAAACCGGGCAGGACACACUGUUGGUUACCGCACAAACUGAUACAAUUGUCAAACCCACGGUACAUGAUAUACAGCCUGCUGCACCCUCUACUCUUCCUGUUUCAGAACAAACUGGGCAAGUCGAUGUACCCAUGCAAGACGUUACUCCAACGGAAGCAAAUCAGUUCACACCCGCGGAGCCAACAGCAAGCGAAAUUAUAGCUGCAGCACGGCCCGAGGACAUUGAAGAAACGGGUCGGAAUCUACUUAUACUAGAAAACUUUGACAAUGCGACCAUACAAAGCCGAGAGUAUAGCAUCUACUUCAACGUGAAGAAACCACCCCGUUUGACGAAAAUAUCGCAACACCUCUGCCCGAUCACAUCUCAACUCUCGCGAUACCGCGAUCCAGACACGGGCCUCCCCUUUGCCAACGUCGUUGGGUAUCGAGAAAUUCGCAACCUGACCGAGCAAAAAUACACAUGGAGCGGAAUGCUAGGAUGCUAUGUAGGUAGUGCAACGGUGGCGGCAAAGGGAGUCCCGGAACAAUUCAUUACAGGGGUGAAGCCGGAAAGGAAAGUUGAAGAGCCGACUGGCUCUGUUGACAAGGGUAAGGAAAAAGCUCAGAGUGAGGCUAUGGAGGUGGACAUGUCAUAG